UAGGUACAUAAGCAGUACUUUCAUCUCCCAAGUUUUGUUACUAUUUUUCAGUUCACUGAUAACUUUUUUUGGGGUGAAUUCCUGGUUCUAUAAUGCCGUGUCGUUAACUACAGUUAAGAGGUGGCCGUACUAAAGGAUUGUAUUUUUCUCUAAAAUCACUCAAUAUAUUUGACUCUGUGUAAUUGGAUGAGUGCAUCGAUCUCAGAUAUAUUUAUCAGAUGUUGAAAGAAAUCUCUUUUUCUGCUAAAAGCUGCAUUUUAAUGCGAUUUGUGAAAUUCUGUAACCAUUAAAGCUUCCAAAUGACUACCUGUCAGCAUGGAAUACCCUGAUCCUUCGCAGGAUGUCCCAACAGAGCUGAAGCCAUGUGGGAUAUGUGGAAGAACAUUUCGUCCUGAUGCUUUAGAAAGACAUCAGAAGGUAUGCGAAAAAAAUGCAGCGAAAAAGCGAAAAGUGUUUGACUCUUCCAAACAGAGGGCUCCUGAAGAUGCUCCGAAACCUCCGCCUGUGGUAGCACAGCAGCCACAGAAGAAUAAACAAAAUGCUAAGGCAAAAACGAAAGAGGAAACCAAGCCAAAAAGUAACUGGCGAGAGAAACACGAGGAGCUUAUUGAAACAAUCAGGAAAGCGAGAGGAACUGACGCUGAGAAGCCCUCUCCAGAGGCGGAAGUGAAGAAAAAAGUGCCUGCAGGUUAUGUCCAAUGCCCCGCUUGUGAGAGGCAUUUUAACCAGCGUGCCGCCGAGCGACACAUUCCUUGGUGCCAGAAGAAAAAGUCAGAAACACCGAAAUCUCCCGCUGCAGUAGAGGAAGCGAAAGAGAAGCUAAAUGCUAGGGUCAAAUACCGUCCACCUCAAGGAAAGUCAAGGCUGUUGCCACGGAAAACAAAGACCGCAAGUUCCGUGCAAACCACCGAAAAGAAAGCGAACGCCCCGAAAAACCAACUCCAAAGAGAGAAAGCCGUUCGCUCAUCGCCUGCCAAUCUCUUGGAUAAUCGGAAUUCUCGGAACAGCAGUCUGGACCGAGUCAACAAUAAUAUCAACCAGGCAAGCACCAGGCGCAGGAGUGGCAGCAGGAGUCGAGAGAAAGAAAAUGUUUCGUCCCCUGAGCUUCCUCUGCACAUCAUCAAAUUCAAAGAACGCUUUCCCAAUCAUCACAAAAAAAACACAGACUUCGAAGAAUCGCUGACAACCGAGCAGUUGCGUGAACUUCUCAGUUGCAGUCGAAUAACUGACAAAUGUCCUCGGACUGUCCCAGGAGUUAGAUUAUCCGGUGGUCAUCAAUACAACAGGAAUGCAAAUGAAAACUGGAAUUACAGGAGUAAUGAUGUUAGCAGAUCUGCAUCCAGCAGUGGUGGAUCAUCUAACAGCUGGAACAAGAGGCUGACAGACAAAUCAACCUUACCAGAGGUGUCAAGCAGCGAGCUGCCUGGGACCUGGGUAGGCAAACAAUGCUGGAAUGGAGAUUUGGAUAACUCCAUGAGUUCUACUGGAAGUAGCAGCAGUAGUAGUAAUGGAUCUUUACCACCUCUGAGCAGAGAGAGCAAUGAAGACAUUCCUCUUGCUUUCUAUUGUCACCAGUGCAACAGCAAGUUUCCCCUUAUAGGGGCAAAGUAUUGUUGUGAAUGUGGAGCCAAAAGACGAGGCUUCUGCAUUAACCAGACAGGCUAAAGAGGUUUUUUAGUUGUUAGACAGUAAUCAAUAUUUGAACUGGUUUGAGGAAAAGAAGAACAAAAGAUGUGUUUUAUACAUGAAAGAGAUACAAUGAUAAAAGGAAACACAUUUCAAUGUUACUAUAAAUAGAAGUAAUUGAUUUUUUUUAACUUAAAAAUUCUGAAUUUACAUCCUAUACUUACAUCUCUUUUCUGAAUAUUUUUGGAAGUAAUUACAUGGAUCUUCCAAGAACAAUAUCAGCAACAUUUUCAUAGUUUAUUAUUAAAGAGGAAUAAGGAGUUUAACUGGAGAGCAAGAAACAAUAUAUUCUAUUGUAAAGAAGAAGACAAUUUACAAGAAUCGUAUAUUGCAACUCAUUAAUUCUGAAACUUUU